AUGGCCAUCUCAAAUGGCAACACAUCCCGCACCGCCGGUACGCCCAAGUGCAUGCCUGGGCCGAGCCCAUCGCCGUGUUUCUGGCAAUCGCAGCACCAACAGGAUGGGGCUGAGCUACGUGACCACCGCUCUUCAGAGCAGCUCCCCGACUACAGCGACAUCGUCAUCAUCGGCGCCGGAUACGCAGGACUGGGCACAGCGCACCACCUGGUCCGCGAUUUCGGCGCCACAUCCGUCUGUAUCCUCGAGGCCAGGGGUAUCUGCUCCGGUGCUACCGGCCGUAACGGCGGACACUGCAGGCCAGACUUUUACGGCCAUAUUCCCACCUACAUAGAUCGGGCGGGUGAGCGCGCUGGUGCUGAGAUUGCCGAGUUUGAAAUUGCGAACUUGCGCGCCAUCAAGAAGAUCAUUGAGGAAGAGAAGAUCGAUUGCGACUUUACUCUUACCCGAUCUAUUGAUGUUUGGUGCAACGAGGAAUCGGCCAAGAAAGCAGAGGCCGUCUAUCAAUCGAUGGUGGCCCGUAACUUUGAGUAUAUGGAUGAUGUUGUGUUUUAUACAGGUGACAAAGUAGAAGGCAUCUGCGGUGUCAAGGGCGCUGUUGCUUGCGCAAGCUUCACGGCUGGGACCAUGUGGCCCUUCAAAUUCAUGAUGCACCUCACAAAACUACUGCUUGCAGCAGAUGUCAACGUCCAGGCACAUACACCAGUCACGUCCGUGACGCCAGACCCGUCGGGAGACGGCUCAUUUAUCGUCGAGACGCCUCGUGGCAAAAUGCGAGCAGGAAAGGUUAUCCACGCCAACAACGCCUAUGUCUCAGCCCUGCUCCCAGAAUACAACAAAAGUAUCAUCCCCUGCAAGGGCAUUUGCUGUCGGAUCACAGUCCCAGAAGGAGCCACGGCGCCGUUGUUGAACGACUCGUACAUCACGCGCACCAAGGAAAACGCACUCUCGUACUUUAUCCCUCGACACGAUGGCAGCAUCAUCGUAGGUGGUGCAGCAUCAGUGUUCAAGCCAUUCAAGGACCAGUGGUAUGACAAUGUGGACGACAGCGUCCUUAUCGAUUCUGCAAAGGACUACUACGAGAACUACAUGCAACGGACCUAUCGCGGCUGGGAAGAGAGUGGUGCCAAAGUGAGCAACAUCUGGACCGGCGUGAUGGGCUACUCAUAUGACUCCAAUCCGCACAUUGGUUCAGUUCCCAGCAAAGAGGGACAAUUCAUCAUAGCUGGGUUCAAUGGGCACGGGAUGCCUGUUAUUUGGUUGGCAGCCAAGGAACUGGCUCGGAUUGCAUCCCAAGGGACUCAGUUUAAGGAGACAAAACUACCUCGCUUGUUCCAGACAAGUCAGUUCCGUAUUGAUCGGGCACAGAAUGGUGCUGAAGAGGAUGGUGAUAUCAUAGGCACCGGUCAUUUCUCCACCACAAAGCCAUAG